GCUGAAAUAUCCUGAAGUGCGUGAAGGUGUGAAGAAAUUCUCUGAUUGGCCAACGAUUCCUCAAUUGUACGUGAAAGCAGAGUUCGUGGGUGGUUGUGACAUCGUGAUGCAGAUGCACAAAGAUGGUGAGUUGAAAGAAAUCCUGCCAAAACCCAAGACCAGUGAGUAAUCGAACCAUGUCGAACCCGUGGCCGGGUGCCAAUGCAUGGGUUGUCAUGGUCGUGCGUCUUCUCGAAAUUCGAACCGUGAACGGUUGCUUUGUUAAUGGGGCCUUUGCAACACAGUUGAACCAUGCAGAACCAAUUCCGUUCGAUACACUUGCG